GCUGAGCGGGAGGAGGAAGCGGCGAGUUUCAGAGCCCUGCCUAAGCCCGGCCCAACCUUUGCUUCAGAGAUCAUGGCUGCCGAAGAUGUGGUGGCGACGGGCGCCGACCCAGGCGAGCUGGAGGGCGGCGGGCUGCUUCAUGAGAUCUUCACCUCGCCUCUCAACCUGCUGCUGCUCGGCCUCUGCAUCUUUCUGCUCUACAAGAUCGUGCGCGGGGACCAGCCGGCGGCCAGCGGCGACAGCGACGACGACGAGCCGCCCCCGCUGCCCCGCCUCAAGCGGCGCGACUUCACCCCUGCCGAGCUGCGGCGCUUCGACGGCGUCCAGGACCCACGCAUACUCAUGGCCAUCAACGGCAAGGUGUUCGACGUGACCAAGGGCCGCAAGUUCUACGGGCCCGAUGGGCCUUAUGGGGUGUUUGCCGGAAGAGAUGCAUCCAGGGGCCUUGCCACAUUUUGCCUGGAUAAGGAAGCACUGAAGGACGAGUAUGACGACCUUUCUGACCUCACUCCUGCCCAGCAGGAGACCCUGAGUGACUGGGACUCUCAGUUCACUUUCAAGUAUCAUCACGUGGGCAAACUGCUGAAGGAGGGAGAGGAGCCCACUGUGUACUCAGAUGAAGAAGAACCAAAAGAUGAGAAUGAUCGGAAAAAUGAUUAAAGCAUUCGUUGGAAGCAUAUCUAUUUUUGUAUUUUGCAAAAUCAUUUGUAACAUUCCAGUAUGUCCUUAAAGCAUUGUGAUUUCAAUAUUUAGAAAAGUUUUGAAAUUGCUGUAAAGUUUUUAAUUAUGUGUAACAUCACUAGUGACACUGAUAAAAUUAAAUUCUGUCUUAGAAUAUGCAUGAUAUGUUGAUGUGUCACAGAUCCAGAAAGUGAACUGCCGUGCUGUAAUAAAAACAUUAACACUGUUUUUCUUCUACCUUUAGUUAGUGCAGGCUGAAUUCAAUUUUUUUUUUGAGAGAGACAGGUAAGACUUUGAUAUUUCCAAAACAGCUAAACACGUUAAAUGUGCAAAGUCCUUCAAACACCAAGAACAAAGGACCAACUUUUAGUCACGAUGUUCUUUAAAGAACCUUAUUUUUCAAUUGACGUAACUGCAUGAUUUCUGUUUUAUCUACCUCUAAGGCAAAUCUGCAGUGCUCCAAAGAAUUUGGUAUCAAGAGAGCUGUCCAGUAACAAAAUGGAAUCUUAGAGCUGGACUCACUUGGCAAAAAACAUAUUUGCUGUGUUUCUGGACUACUUUGUAUUAAAACAGGAUCUGAACAUACAAAGGAAAAGCUUAAAAUGGAAAAAAAAAUAAGCUGGCUUGCCUACAAACCUAAAUUUACAAAGAUUAUAGCACUAUCUUCCCAAUUCCCAUGUUCCUCGCAAGGUAAUGGUUAUCUUACACAAUUUGAAGUGAGGGGGAGGCACACAGAACAGGAGGAGCAGGUGCUUGCUCUCCUAAGAGCCUUCAUACACACCCCCAAAGAAGGAGGGAACAGCAAACGCCACUAGCCAAGUGAUUUUUAAAGUUACUCAUAAGGUAACAGUCAUUCUUCUGUUGUUACAAAACUCUAGCCACUGCGAAAGUAGUAGUCAAGUAUCUAAGUCUUUGAUAACGGUUUUUUGGUUAACACUAAACUUAGCUUAAGUAGACUGUACAGUUGUAUGAAUUUGCAAAAGUAUUAUAUGAACAACUAGUGAGGUUUCAAACUCUUGUAGUUAAAUAGUCAUUGUAUUUUCUUGUGAACUGUGUUUAAUGGUUUUACCUCAAAUCAGAAAACAAAAUGAAGUGCUUUUGUCAGUUAAUAAAAUGAUUUUACCCAGUA